UGAAUGGGUUGGAGUGAUAGUUGAGGCUGAUCUUUCCUGUCCUGAUAGCUGACUGUAGUAAUGUCAAUAUGACAAAGAUAAAACAAGCAGCAUGAGAAGGAAAAACCUUCUAACUUCACUUAAUUUGAUAGAUUAACAUUGUUGUUCUUAGAAAUGAGAUAAUUCUGAGUUUAACACAGAUUUAUAUACUGGGAUUAAAGCAUGAAGACAUUAAUGUGAAUAUAUUUUAGCACAAAAAUUAGAGUGAGGCCUCUUGGGGCUGAGGCGCUCAUAUCUUAAAUUACUAGUCAGGACAUUUUAAAUAUAAUUGAAUUGUUGUGUUGUGGUUGUGAACGUAAACAUAUGGUUACAUAUAUUAGUUGUGUAGUGUAUAACACUGAUGGAUGCUGAGUCAUGUGACUCACCUGGAAUGCAAUGACAGCGCAUCACGGUUUACAUUUAAAUUUGUUGUCAUUCGAAUUCAAUCACAGUGCGAACUUCAUCUAGCGCGCGAUUAUUGAGAGAGAGAUUUUACUAUUCACAUUUUACACAGCAUACUGUAUGUUUUUACACCACACACACCAAACUUUUUAUACAACAAACUUUAAUUAGCAAAAUUUCACUUUUCUAACGAGUCACAUCACACCACCAAGUUUGGAAAAUGUUCCAGCCUGAAGAGACAGUGACCUAUGUGCCUGCCACUUACACACCGGACUUUGUAUAUGUCCCUGACAAUGUCUACCCCGUCUACUACCCUGUCUACUACACCAUGUACCCUGUGUACUGCCCUGUGUACGAGCCAGUGUACUACCACGACCUGACACCCGACUUCUACCCCAAACCUUUAACGGUAGAGACUGCUGUAGAAGAAUGCUUCCUCCCAUCUCCACAGCCUCCUCAGGACCUACAGCCAGUUCUGCCCAAAUGGGAGCCCACACUGACUACAAUUCAGGAACACAAUGAUAAAGAUCAGGACAUUACGGUCAACAUGUUUCUGGGAGGAAGGGCCAUGUUUCAACCCGAGAAUGUGUUUGUACCCCAAAACGUGUCUCCACCCGAACCUGCGUCUUCCCCUGAAGCUCUGCCUGAGACUUUGUAUCCACAUUUGUCUGAACCUCAACUGGCCUCAGAUCUGCCUACUGUACAGACAGAUAACGCUGCAUCCAUCGAUUCUUCACCACUCCUCCUACUGACAUGGGGACAAUUUAUGGACGCAAUGGAUGCUGAGCUGGAGGAGGCAGAGAAACAUAAGGAGCAGGAGGUCAGCAAGGAGAAGGAGAGUUAUGAACUGCUAGAGGAAACUUUUGAAGAAGAAUGCUUCCUCCCAUACCCACAGCCUCCUCAGGACCAACAGCCAGUUCUGCCCAAAUGGGAGCCCACACUGACUACAAUUCAGGAACACGAUGAUGAAGACCAGGACAUUACGGUCAACAAGCUUCUGGGAGGUAGAGCCAUGUUUCCACCAGAGACCGUGUUUGUACCCCAAAAUGUGACUCCGCCCGAACCUGCGUCACCCCCUGAAGCUCUGCCUGAGACUUUGUCUCCACCUUUGUCUGAACCUCACCUGGCCUCAGAUCUGCUUCCUGUACAGACAGAUAACGCUGCAUCCAUCGAUUCUUCACCACUCCUCCCACUGACAUGGGGACAAAUUUUGGACGCACUGGAUGCUGAGCUGGAGGAGGCAGAGAAACAUAAGGAGCAGGAGGUCAGCAAGGAGAAGGAGAGUUAUGAACUGCUAGAGGAAAAGAGGGAGAAAGUUAUUGAAAAGAAGGACAAAAUUGAGGAUGUCAUAGACAAGAAGGAAAAGGUGGAGGAAUUGGAUAAAAAGAAAAAGAUAGAGCAGAGGAAGAAGACAGCGGAUGUUCGGAAGCGGACGUUUGCCUACAGCACACAAAACCCAAAGGGAGUUGAACUGUUCAUAAGGGGUUUGGACUUUAAGAUCGAUAAGCAGCGCCUCUAUAAGUUGUUCCACCCGUUCGGGAAUAUCAUCAGAGCUAAGCUUAUGACAAAAAACGGACAGUCCAAAGGAUAUGGAUACAUCACAUAUUCCUCUGACGCUGAAGCUAAGACAGCUAUCAGGGAGAUGAAUGGCAAAAUUGUGGGAUCGAAGCUGCUGAAUAUUACUCUGUCCAAAACAGAAGAGGAGCGAGCACAGCAGAAGAUGGGAAGUGGCUGGAAAAGACGGACAUGAAAGAAUUAUAACAAAGACUAAAAGAGGGUCUAACCUUUGCUAUUAGGAA